AUGGACCGCCGCUUCUUCUUGACCUUCCUCUUCUGCUCUGUGUUGUGGAUCUUCUUCUGGGAAGCACGCUGGAAGAAAAGGAAAGAAAGUCAGAUUGAAGAAUGGCUUCAAGGGCAUAGCCUCUCUCAAUACAAGGACGUGUUUGAAGAUGUGCAGAGUCUGGAAGAACUAAGUCUGAGUGCGCUGAGUCGGCUUGAAGAGGUGGUGAAGGAACAGAAGCGCUGGAGGGAAAUUGCAGAGGCUCACAUUCAGCUCCUUCGAGACUUCGCCUUCCAGGAGUGGCUCUGCUCCCAGAACCUUGAACACUACCACCAAAUACUGAAGACUUUGGGUUAUGCGAAUCUGGACGACCUAACUCAGUUUGACAGUCAGCUGCAGCUCUCUCUGGCCGCCUGGGGUUACUACUACGAAGACUACAUCAAACUGUCGACGGGCAUCAAGAUCCUCCGGACCUCCAGGGGGAGUCGGGACCAGGACUACGAGAUCCGGCUGGUGCACAGCCUUGCUGAGAGGCGUCUGAAUGAGAAGUGGUCAUUCGCGGGAGCUUUUCUUUUUGGCUGUACUGUGGCGCUCUGCUUCCUGAUAAGGGACCUCAUGUUUUACGUGAUUGGUGGAAUUACUGUUUCCAUCAUUGCGUUUGUCUUUACCAUCAAGUUCCUCUGUGAGCUUGCAGCAAGGGUUGUCAGCUUCCUGCAGAAUGAGGAUCCAGGGCGCCGGGGAGAUCGCAGCAUCUACGACUAUGUGCGGGGCAACUAUCUGGACCCACGUUCCUGCAAGGUGUCAUGGGACUGGAAGGAACCGCAGGAAGUGGGGCAGACAAUGAGCUUCAGAGUCCAGCUGUUCUACAAGAACGGUCAACCCUUUCCAGCCCAUCGGCCUGUUGGACUAAGGGUCCACAUCACCCACACUGAACUGGCUCUGGAAAUCCCUGUCACACAAGAGGUUCUGCAAGAACCCGAGUCCAAUGUAGUUAAAGUUGCCUUCACAGUGCGCAAGGCUGGACGUUAUGAGGUUGCUGUAAAGCUUGGCGGCCUCAAUGUGGCCUACAGUCCCUAUUAUAAGAUAUUCCAGCCAGGUACAGUUGUUCCAUCUAAAACCAAGAUAGCCUACCAUUUCUCCACCCUGGUGCUAACAAAUGGCCAGCAACACACUUUACAAAUUGAGCCCAGGGAUGAAUAUGGGAACCCGACCAGUAACUCCACUUCUCUCACAGAUGAAGCCAACUACAGCAUCCAUGUGUUCUCUCUCGGCACAGCAGAUGAUGACAGUUUGGAAGGCUUCUACAGCAAGUCGGUGUCACUAAACAAGCAGCAGUGCCAGGUUCUGCUGAGACUGACCCUGAGGAAGACGGGCUGUUUCAGGGCUCGGAUCUCCUACAAGCAUCAGCCGCUCAGCAACGGGGAGUUUGACAUAAUUGUUCUCAGUGAGAAUGAAAAGGUCUGCGUGGAGAAGAAUGUGUCCACUCCAGGCAUAAGUAUCUACUUUGAGGCGUACCUUUACAGCACUGGGAACUACAGCAGUUCUUCAUGGCAGUUACCGGCCUCCUCUCUGCUCACUCCUCAGAGGAGGCCCUCCAUGGGAGAGGAGGAGGAGGAGCAUGACUCUCCUGUGGAGGGACAGCCCGAGAAGGUGAAGAAACCAAAAAAGGUCUACUGUUACAUAUCGCCAAAGCAACUUUCUGUCAAGGAGUUCUACCUGAAAAUUAUCCCAUGGCGCCUUUUUACCUUUCGAGUGUGUCCAGGAACGAAGUUUACCUAUUACGGUCCUGACCCGGUUCAUAAGUAUCUAACUCUUGUGGUGGACGAUGGGAUACAGCCUCCUGUGGAGCUCAGCUGCAAAGACAGGAACAUCAUGGCUGCCACCUUCAUCCGUUUCCUGCACAAAAACAUUGGUGGCUCUGAAACCUUCCAAGAUAAGGUGAACUUCUUUCAACGUGAACUCAGGCAAAUCCACUCCAAGAGACCUCGCACCAAAACCUGCCUAAAAAUCUCUCGACACGCCAUUCUGGAUUCAUCCCUAAAAGCUACGAGGAACUUUUCAGUGUCAGACUGGAGUAAGAACUUUGAGGUUGUGUUUCAAGACGAAGAAGCUCUGGACUGGGGAGGUCCUCGCCGGGAGUGGUUUGAGCUGAUAUGUAAAACGCUCUUUGACACAUCCAACCAGUUGUUCACCCGCUUCAGUGACAACAACCAGGGUCUUGUGCACCCAAAUGCGGACAGGCUCCCCCACUUACGUCUGAAGAUUUACGAGUUUGCCGGACGCAUCGUUGGGAAGUGCCUGUACGAGUCUGCUUUAGGUGGAGCCUACAAGCAGCUGGUCCGAGCUCGCUUUACACGCUCCUUCUUGGCUCAGAUUAUUGGCCUUAGGAUGAACUACAAGUACUUUGAGACGGAUGACCAGGAGUUCUACAAAACUAAAGUCUGCUUCAUCCUAAACAAUGAUGUCAGUGAAAUGGACCUGGUGUUUGCUGAGGAGAAGUACAGCAAGGCAGGACAGCUGGAGAAGGUGAUGGAGUUGAUAUCAGGGGGAGCUCAGAUCGCUGUAACCAAUGAAAACAAGAUGCACUAUCUCAACCUGCUUGCCCAGUACAGACUGGCUAGCCAAGUGAGGGAAGAGGUGGAACACUUCCUGAAAGGUUUGAACGAGCUGGUUCCAGAAAAUCUGUUGGCCAUAUUUGAUGAGAAUGAGUUGGAGUUGCUGAUGUGUGGCACGGGCGACAUAAACGUGCAGGACUUCAAAGCCCACGCCGUGAUCGUUGGCGGAUCGUGGCACUUCAGAGAGAAGGUGAUGAAGUGGUUUUGGGCGGUGGUGUCCAGCUUCACGCAGGAGGAGCUGGCACGCCUGUUGCAGUUCACCACCGGCUCAUCUCAGCUCCCCCCCGGGGGGUUCAACACCCUUUGCCCCUCCUUCCAGAUCAUCGCUGCUCCCACACACAGCACUUUGCCCACUGCACACACCUGUUUUAACCAGCUGUGCCUCCCCACCUACGAUUCCUACGAGGAGCUGCACAAGAUGCUGAAGCUCGCCAUCAGCGAGGGCAGCGAGGGCUUCGGGAUGCUCUGA